AUGAUUUCACACACUGACAACUUCUACGAUCGACUCUACGUCGGCGGAUUCUCGACCAGUUUGAGCAGCGACCAAAUUCGGGUGAGUGAGUAUGUAAUUGGAUAGGAAUGGAAGGGCGGCUAACAGGUAAUAUGAUUCAUUUUCAAAAGGGGGGCAAACGCCCGAAUAUAUUAGAUUGACGGCCGGAAGUUGGGAGAUGUCUGCAAGUUCAUUGCGUUCAAGAGCACAUUGAGCUGAAACAUUCAGUGUUGAAAAAGCUUUUGCAAUGAAUGAUCACACAAUGCAAUAGAAAAUGUUGAAAAAUUCUUGAAAACCACAUGUAGAGCAACAAGAAGAAGAUGUUACACUUUCACAAGCCAAUCAUUUGAAGUUCCCUUUUUCGAAAAUUCCAGUUGUGCAUUUCUUAACUAGUCGCUUUUUUUUCUCUCAAAAGCACAAUUCAUCAUAGUUGCCACGGGCCGGGCCGGGCCGAAAUUUCCAAAACUCCAGCCCGGCCCGGCCCGGCCCGGUCGGCCCGGUUCAAAAAGCGGGAAUUCAAAAUUUGAAUUAUUGAUCGCAUGAAGCCAUUUUUUGUAGAAUUAGGGGUUUUUUGAGGGCAUCGAACAUUGAAAAACAAAUGUAUUUCUCAUAAAAAAAUUCAUAAUAGCAAAAAAACAAAGAAGAAACACUAAAACUUUAGUUCGAACAUUUUUUUGUAAUAACGAAAAAAAUUUCCGCGAAAAAUUUGAAUUCCCGCCUUUUUGAACCGGGCCGACCGGGCCGGGCCGGGCCGGCACUUCACCGACCCGGCCAGGCCCGGGCCGGCACUUUACCGGCCCGGCCCGGGCCUUCCCGCAUGGCCGGCCCGAAAUCUGGCAAGUCUGCAAUUCAUAGUCAUAUUUUUUUGGCGAUUUCAGUUUUCAUAGGCACACGAGACUAUUUUAUUUUCAGACGCUCAUUGCUCAAUCGGCGGCUCCGUUCGAAGUGAGCAUCGAAAUAGUGGAAAAUGGCUCGAGGAGGCAUCGUGGAUUCGCGUUCGUUCAGUGCCGGAACCCGCAAGAAGCGAACGUCCUCCUCACCAAGUUCACCCCGGUUAGUAUGUAUUUCAUUGAGAACACACUGAUAACCGGGUUGAGCGUCCACGUUUACAGAACACGUGAAACCGGAAACGGAAGGUUUGAUUUUUUGCCGGCAAAUGAAACGCAUUCCUCCUCAGUUGCUAUUAUCGUUUUCCAACUGAUUCGACAUAUAUUCUCUCUCUCUCUCGCUCAAAAUGAUUCAAUCAGAUUCUCCACCGAUUUCCACGUGCUUCUCGACUCCUUACCCUCUUCUUUUUUUUGCAGCUCUUCACAAAAGUAAACUUUGCGAAACGCGAACCAAAACCGGCAGAGAAUGUGAUGAGCAAUGUGAGAGCCAUCUCGAGACGUGAAAACACCUAAAACGCCAUAAAAUUCAGAUUUCGAAUGUGUUCGUGCGUGGAAUCUCGCGGGAAAUGUCCGACACGGAACUGUAUAACGCAUUCGGCGGCGUACAGCACGGAGUGGUUCAGUGCCACGUGGCAGACGGAUACGCAUUCGUGCUGUUCGAUACACGUGGCAAUGCGCAGAAGAAGAUUGCCGAGAUGGACGGCACUGUUUUGGUGGGCGUCCAGCUGAUCGUUAAAGAUGGAUUCUGAACUGAUUGAUUCAGAACGGCAAAUCGAUAUCGGUGACUUGGGCUCGUCCGGAUACUGGCGGCAGAAAGAGGAAAAGGCCGAGCGAGGAGAGGUGAGCGAGAUUGUAGCAAAGUGCUUCUGACACCCCUUCUCCAGCCCCACUCCAUGCCCUGACGUCGUCGGAUUCUCGUCGCUGAUCAAGCGUCCGAUCGUCGCUUCGCAACUGUUCCAGCUGCCCCAACCACCCGUUCUUCCGCCCAUCAUUCCACUUCUCGCCCCUCAUUUCCCACUUUUCCUGCCCCAAAAUCCACUUCUCGCGGCUGCUGCUCAACCCGAUCUUUCUCAAUACUUGAACUUUUUGAUUUGA